AUGGCGCAAGAGCAAAUAACCACCCGUGGCGUAGCAGGCCGCCGCAAGCCCGGGUCGGCUCCGUGGCAGUCGCACCCGCCGUACCAUUCCAGCCAAGAAACACAGACGGAGUUUGGUGCAAGCGAACAGACGCUGAGUGCAGGCGAGCAGGCGCGGAGCGCAAGCGACCAGGCGCGGAGCGAGCGGAAUGCGUUCGACGCGGCGACGUCGAUCCUGUCGCGCAUUGAGGCACUGGAGUCGACCAUUAUGGAACAGAACGCGAUGCUGGAUGGCGCCUGGCUCGACUCCGGCAGUGCGCCCGGCCUGGAGGUGGACCUAGAUGCAGGUCUGGCCCGAGGGGCGGGUCUGGUCCGAGAGGCGGCUGCGGGACACCACUCAGAGCCCUCGGAGGCCCGUAGCAGCGUCUCACGGCGCCGGCGCCGGAGCCUUGGGCGCCUGCCGACCGCAGAAAAGCGCUCGCCGCGCGGAGAGGGCGGUGCACGGGCAGAGGUUUCGGAAGGCAGUCGCGCGCUGCUUGCGCCUUUUUACUCUGCGGAGGGUAACUGUUUUGUGGACGGGAGUGACGCUUUUUCCAUCCAGUCUUCCUCGUCCAGCUCGGUGCCCUGCGAACGGCAAGUCGACGACCUGCCGCCUGGGGACCGGGUCCUGCCGCCCGAGGACCGGGUCCUGCCGCCCGAGGACCGGGUCCUGCCGCCCGAGGACCGGGUCCUGCCGCCUGAAGACCCGGUUCUGUCGCCGUUGGACCGGGUCGUCCUUGCUCUACCGCCGUUGGGCUCUCUCAGCGCAGCAGACGUCUCUGGGCUGGAGUGGAGGUCUGGAACACAAGACUCUGGAGCGCUGAGGACGGAGGCUUUUCAAUCACGACUGGAGGCUGAGCCGGCACCGCGGCCGGAAGCGGAGGCUGGACGGGCCACUGGGUUCUUUUCGACGGAGCGUGUGUCGCCGCCGCCAUCUUUGGCGUGGGUGGAGGAGACGAGUCUAACGCCGCCGCAGCACUUUGUGCGAUACCCGCCGUUCCCGACGCCCGCGCCUGAGUCUGGCGGACGGCGAUUGGGGGAGCGGAAUGCCGGGUUGGAGAGUUGCUCGUGGCCGAAGGACGACGCGGUUUGUUCGUACGGGCGGACGGCGGAAACGGGUUCGCCGUUCGGGCGGUUGGAGCGCGUGCGAUUCCAGAUUCCAUCGCUGGUCUCGAUUUUAGAGCGAACGCGGCGGGAGCGAGAAGGACAGCGCGUGUUGCUGGAGGCGCGGCACCAACAGGUUUUGGACGAGCGGCGGCGCAAAGAGCGCGAGCUGGAGGAGAUGCGGCGACGGGUAGAGGUGCUGCGGAAACGAGUGCUGAGCUGA